AUGAGGAAUAUCGAUCCGGAGGUGUUUGAGAAGUUGGACUGCGACUUGUUCCAGGUUAACAACCGCAGCUACUACAACUCGAGUCAGAUCUUCAAGAACCCUGUGAACGACUUCUCGGUGCACGCUAUUCUGGACUUUUGGAAGCCGAACAGUAAGAAAAUUCAGGUCUACGAUGGCACCUUCGAUAUGUGCUAUUUUUUGGCCAACGUUCAGACCAAUCGACUCUUCAAAAUCUACGCCAAAGGUGUUAAGAAACACUCGAGCGUCAACUUCAAGUGCCCCUUCGAGCCGAACGUAGACUACGCUCUGAAUAAUAUGAGCUUUGAUGAAGAGGACUUUCCAAAGUUCAUACCCCUGGGCAAGUUUCGGUGCACUCUGGAGUACUUGAUAAACAAACAACUAAGCGCCAGAGUGUUCGUAAAUGGAAAAGUUAUCGCCCGCUAA